AUUUUACCUCACUAUAUGAAGAUAAAUCUUCCAUUCUUUUAAUGGGACAAGGAUGUCUGCAUCGCAAUGGGUGUGCCGCCGUUGUAUAAAGGCACUGGCCCAGCCUCGAAAUCGGCAAUUCUUGCGAUUUGCUAGCACAGAUGCGAAAACAAAGAUGCCCCCUCUCCUCCUUCAACGCGCACGAAUCCUCUCUGACGAACACGACAAACUUGCAAGCGCCCUCGAGGAGGAUUACGAUAUCAAGGUUGCCAAGCGUGUGGGUGAAUUAUCGCGCGUCGCAGACGCCCUAAAGAAAUGGGACACAGCCCAAUCCUCGAUAUUGGAACUUAAUGGUCUACUGGAAUCGGAUGAUUCUGAGCUACGCAAACUGGCCAAGGACGAGUUAUCGACCACCACUGCCAAAAUAGAUACCCUGGCCACCUCUCUAUCGGCCUCUCUCACCCCGCGCGACCCCUUUGCAGAUAUGCCAUGCUUGCUGGAGGUGCGACCUGGCCCAGGCGGAAUGGAAGGUCGUUAUUUCGCAGAUGCCAUAUUUCGCAUGUAUAAAAUGUACUGUGCGCGAAAGGGCAUGCGCUGUAAUGUGUUAAAGCGCGAGGUCGUCGACGGUACGGAGUCUACCAAGUACGGCGUAAGUGAAAACCCGUUGCAAGAAGCAAUCCUCGAGAUCCUAGACCCCGGCGCGUACGAUAUGUUCCGAGGAGAAGCAGGCAUACAUAGAGUUCAACGCGUGCCGACCACUGAAAGUUCUGGCCGCACACAUACAAGUGCCGUAGCCGUAUGGGUGCUCCCCUUGUUUCCCCGAGACGACGCCGCGCAGCCGGACGAAGCGAGCUAUAACAACCCUGAUAGUAUAUUCUAUAUAGACCCGAAGGAUGUUAGGGAGGAGAGGAUGCGUGCUAGCGGCGCGGGCGGCCAGCACGUUAACAAGACCGAGAGCGCGAUCCGGCUUACACACGACCCGACGGGCAUCACAGUAUCUAUGCAGGAUUCGCGGUCGCAGCAUCAAAAUCGCGAGAGCGCGUGGACACUUUUAAGAUCGCGCAUCAGCCAGCGUAGGAGGGAAGAACGGGAGGAGGAGGCGUGGGCGUUAAGGAACAGCGUAUUAAGUAAGGACCAGAUUUCGCGCGGUACCAAAAUUCGCACAUAUAACUACGGCCAGGACCGAUGUACGGACCACCGGGGAGGGUUAGAUGUUCAUAACUUAUCGGACGUGUUAGAUGGCGGAGAGUCACUGGAUAAGCUCAUGGAUAGCACGAAGGGAUGGCUUAUCGGGAGGGAUAUUGCGGCUCUGAUCGCCGAGGAGGAGGCGGGUGCAGCACCGCCACCCAAAGAAGGGAAGAAAGCGAAGAAAUGAAUAACAUCCACCAUCACAUCAAUUAUUUGUCAUAUCACCUGUACCUAAAACAUGCAUGUAAAACUUGGGAGUCUUGGUGAACUGACUAUUUCCAGGAUAUACUACGAGACCUGAAGCUAUCCUAAGAAUCUCAUUUCAUCAAGCGAGCACGUGGUGUACGAGGUCUCAUCGAGCGAGACCCCUUUCCGCUAGAAAAUGAUGGUAGACUAAGAGACGCUAAAAGUCUUAUUUCAACCUCGGACUAUUAAUAUCACAUAUGGAACUGGUAGACUAUG